UGUAUCCGUUAGUAUAUCCGAAAAUACCUAAGGUUCUGCGCGCCAAAGUUCCAGAGCAGAGCAGAGGAACCAUGUUGUGAGCGCCAUGUCUAGAAGGACGCCGAUGGAAUGGAACCUCUACUGCGAGUCUGCGACGACCACCCUCACGCUCUACGCCAUAAAGCGCAGGUGCGCACCUGCAUGCACCACCAGUUAGCUAGCUUGCUAGCUCUCAGGCUCCGGGGACAUGGCUAAGACAACAAUGACGAUAGCCUGGGGAGCUCGCGGCGGAGCAAGCGCGGAGAGAUGCUGUUCCGGUUCGAGUCGUUCUGCCUGCAGCCUGGGUACCCAGCGCCGCUCGCCGGCGGCGGCGCCUUCAGGGACAACGUCAGGGCGCUGCUCGGCCUCGCGCACCUGGAGGCCGUCGCGCAGGGCGAGACCAAGUGCUGGUUGUUCCAGCUCGAGCUGCACCGCCACCCGCCCACCGUCGUCAGGCUCUUCGUCGUCGAGGAGGAGGUUGCCGCGUCGCCGCACAGCCAGUGCCACCUCUGCCGUCACAUCGAGGAAGACGCGUUCGAGGAAGAUCUAGAAGAUUCAGAGUUUUAAUAAGGAGCGGACGAGGACUUCAACAAAGGCAAGUCCUACUCUAUUGAUCAUGUUGAUCCUAUAUUUUCAAACACAA